GUAUACUUCACUUUACUCCUUGCUUAUGUGUAUGCAUCAGUUUUGCCAUGUUGUUCUGCUUCGUAAGCGCUUACGUUGCGUUGCGUUAAAGGCUGCAUAUGUGUUGGCAUCAGUUUUUCCAUGUUGUUCUUCAUCGUAAGCGCUUGCGUUGUGUUGCAUUAAAAGUUAAUUUGUUAGAUCGUAACAACAUAAACUUAGCUGGAAAAGGAGCCAGAUUGUUUUGCAACAUAUACAAAAUUGUUAUCAUAUAUCUUACUGUGCUCGAGAAAAUUAUUACAUGUUGAUUAUCAUUAGGUUGUUCUAUGAUACCUUUCCAUAAACUUCCUGAAUUAGAAUACUUCAAUCAGAAUUCAUUUGCAUUCUAUUAAGUUUUCAUUAUGUGAUGAUCUAAUUGGUGUGAUAACUUGAUCAAUUUUAGGAAUUGUAUGUACUAGACAUCUGACUUGUCAUUUUGGCUGCCAAUUAUGUGAGGUCUAAACGAAAUUAAGAUUUUCUUUGAGCUAUUUUAUGUUUGUUGUGCAUCAUAUUUGGACAUGAGAUAGUCCCUUGAAUAUGUUUGAGAACCUUGUAGACAAAAAAACAUCGAUUUUGAAAAAUGGAAAGCAUGUUUAUUUAUUGUGCACACUAGAGCUUGGAAAUGUUCUUCCCAUGGCAGCUUGUGUGCAUGGAUGUUUUGCACGCGCCAACAUAGGAGAGCACCAUUCUUCACGCUUUUAGUUGCGCAAAAUAAUUUCCAUCCCAUUGAGUUCGUUAUAUCUCUUUUAGAAAAUCACUCGUUGAUAUGUAAAAUGUAGCAAACUCAACAGAAAGAGGGAAUAUUGAAUAGAAAGUAACUCUUAGUCAUUGAAAUUUAUUUACUGUCUACUUAGUCGGUUUGCUUUAAGCAGUCAAUUACUUACAACACAACAACACGAAAGUUAUAAUCCAACAUUUGAUAUUAUUUUUAGCCUCGUCUGUGAGUGUGUACGCAUUCAUUAUCAGUUCCAAGCAAGGAUGGUUUUGGUAGGUCAGUGACAGUCAACAUAAAUCAUCGUUAUUCCUUACGUUAUGAGCCAAAGUUUUACAAUUAAACAUACAACUAUAUUUUUCAAAAUUUUGAAAACAUGAGAUUCAAGCAUUCACCCUGCAGAAAUUGAUGGGUUACCAUCAAUUCUUGGACAAGAUGAAAACUGAUUUUUUAUAUUCUUUCUGUGUCAGUAGAACAUUAGGCUUCUGCUGUGGCAUGUUCUAAAGAGACUAUUGUCUGGUUUAAAGUGAUGCAGGUACAUUACAUAACAUAAGGAACAUAUUCUUUUUUAUCAAAGUUUAUCAGGAAUGGAUUUGUAGGUGGACAAGAGUGAGAUCUGAAAGGGACUAAGGAGUCUUGAAACCCAGAAAGUGAAGUCCCUCAAGGCUCUAGUCUACCAGCAGUGAAAGUUAGCUUGUGGGUUUUCUACACUGUUUCUGUUUCAUGAAAUAUGGAUCAUUAUCCCGUUAUAGUGUAUUGGGGUGGGGAAGUAAGUUAUACUGGAUCUGAUGUUGGGUAUAAUGGAGGAAUAAAUACAGUGAUGUUUAUCCAUCGUCAAAAUACGACUUUUGAGGUGUUUGUUAGCAAAGUCUAUGAUGUAAUUGGUUGUGAUCGCAACUCUUUUAUGUUAAAAUUGGAGAUGAAAUAUCCGGUGACUGGGAAAAAUGUGUUAGUCCCGAUUAAGAAUGAUGAAAGCAUAAGUGCUCUUGCUUAUGCGGCAUCACAAGCCCCUAGAACGGCAAUGGAGGUUUAUGUUGAAUUGGUUGCAAGUUUGGAUAAUGCGAGGGAAGUCAUGACUAGCAUGGAACUUCCAGAAUCAGGUCCUAGUGUACGCCAUGAUACAUUCACAGAAAUGUUAAGUAACCCAAAUUACGUUAAUGAGCACUUGGAUGAGAAUAGCUCUCCAACUCAUUCACGUGGCAUUGGUGGUGGUGUAAUGAACACCUUUUCCACGAGUCACUUGGGUAGCCUUAAUGCGAACGAGGUUGACUCUUUAGAUCAGGAGGAUGAACAUAUUGAUUCUGAUUCAGAAGAGGAUGAUGAAAGAAGAGAAGCUCUAGAUGCAGCGAUUAGAGAUGGUGCUCCAUCUCAAGAUUGGCUUAGAAUUGAUGAGGUUGAUCAAAGAUUGAUUGAUGCAUGGAUGACCUGGAACGAUGACAACUCCAUGAAUGAAAAUGGAGACUUUAGGAUAGGGCAAGAGUUUAGCUCCUUAGACCACCUUAAGAAGAAUGUUAAAGCAUGGGCGAUUUCUAAUAAUAGAAACUUCCGUGUAAUUGAGUCGGAGCCUUCAAAGUACGUUAUCCAAUGCACUAAUGCGGAGGAUAUAUGUUGUGAAUGGAGGAUGCGAGCUGUUAUGACCGCAACGGGAUCAUUUAAGAUUGUGCGAUAUAAGGGUCAUAAUCAAGAUUGCUCAGUACAUUACAGUGACGACCAUCCCCUCCUUACUUCUGAAUUUGUUGCUGAUCUUAUCGUGGAUAUGAUUAGAGUUGAUCCAGCGUUUAAGGUGAAGUCAAUCGUUAAUUUUGUAAAAAAUAAAUACGGAUUUGUAAUAACAUAUAAGAGAGCUUGGUUGGCCAAAAAUAAGGCUAUAACAAAAGUGUUUGGGGAUUGGGAUAAGUCCUUUGAGGAGCUUCCACGGUACGUGCAGGCAUUAAUGCAAUCUAAUCCAGGAACAGUGGUGCAAUGGGAAGUCCAACCAACAAUGGAUCCUACCAAAGUGAUGUUACAGCGAAUGUUCUGGGCUUUCGGACCAUCCAUUAAGGGUUUUCCCCACUGUCGUCCCCUUAUUUCUAUAGAUGGUACACAUUUGUACGGAAAGUACAGAGGCACACUUAUGAUUGGUAUGUCCAUAGAUGCAAAUUCUCAGUUGUUCCCACUUGACUUUGCCGUUGUGGAGGGAGAGAGCAACGACACAUGGAGUUGGUUCUUGGAUUGUAUAAGGCAUUAUGUCACUAAGAGGGACGGCUUAUGUGUUAUAUCUGAUCGUCACAAGGGAAUUUUGCAUGCAAUGAACAGAGUUGGAAAAGGUUGGGAAGAACCAUAUGCAUUCCAUCGGUUUUGUAAACGUCAUCUAGCUUCAAACGUGCAUAAGAAGUUUAAAAACAUAGCGGUUAAGAACUUAUUUGGAAAAGCUUCUGAACAAACAAAGAUUCGGAAGUAUAAUUUUUACAUGAAUCGCCUUAAAGAGCUUAAUGAGGACGCGUACAAGUACUUAGUGGACGGUUCUAUUCCCGAGCGCCAAUGGACUUUGAUUCAUGACGGUGGGCAUCGAUAUGGAGUGAGAACUACAAACAUGUCUUAAGCGUUCAACGGCGUUAUGAAAGGGGCCAGGUCACUCCCAAUCACUUCAUUAGUUAGGAUGACAUUCUACCGGGUAAACGAAUACUUUGCCACAAGGAGAGAUUUAGGGAGAAGCAGAUUAGAUAGUGGACAUGUGUAUGCGAAGAAACCAAGUGAUACGAUUGAUAAGAAUGCUGAAAAAGCACGCUUUCAUGAUGUUAGGAUAUAUGACACAGUGCGUGAGAUAUUCGAGGUCACCACUGGUUGUGGCAAUAGGAUAGCAGGAAAAGGUGGAAAAUCCUACAUGGUUGACCUCACAGCAACAUCAUGCACAUGUCAGAAACCAACCAUCUUCAAGUUACCGUGCUCACAUGUUCUUGCAGUAUGUCGAGCUCGUAAUAUAUCGUACGAUGCUUUUGUGGACCCUUCAUUUCGCACUACAAAAUACGUAUCGACAUAUAAGAAGUCUUUCAUGCCCGUUCCAGACAUGUUCACUUGCGAUCCUUGGAAUGGUCCUACAGUUGUUCCAGAUCCCUCAACGAAGCGUGCAAAGGGUCGUCCGCGAUCAACUCGUAUACGGAACGAAAUGGAUGCAUUGUUGAAGCGUCCUCGUAACUCGUGUACCUUUUGUGGAUGUAGUGGUCAUAAUAAGAAAACAUGCCCUCGAAGGUCAACAAACGAUCAUGGCGAUGCCGGGCCCAGUAGCGGAGGUUGACGAGUUCACACCAUCUCAUCGACCGGUGUGCAAAACAAAAGGGGUCGGGGGUUGUAGUUUAACAAGCUUUGUAUAUUCUUAUACGACUUGAACUUCUUGUAUGAGUUUCCAUAAUUGUAAUAUAUCUUUGCAUUAGUUUC